UUAAGAUUAUACUUCAGAAUGUUGUAGCAGCUUCGCGAAUAGUCUCUGGUCGUUUAUAAAAACAAAACCACCGAUAAGCCGUCUCUACCUCUUCAUUAUUACAAACGAAAAGACACAAAACCUUCGCUCUUUGUAGUUUCCCUCUCUCAAUCUUCUGUUCCAAGUUACUUUUUUUUGCGGUUCUUCAAUGGCGAAAGACGGACCCAAUUGGGAUGGAUUGCUUAAAUGGAGUCUCUCCCACGCCGACGGUACUCAACCAACUCGCCAGUUGAGCGAGGAGGAUAGGAAGUGGUUUAUGGAGGCUAUGCAAUCGCAGACCUUAGAUGUAGUCAAACGCAUGAAGGAGAUUACAUUAGUUAUGCAAACACCUGAGCAGGUUUUGGUGGAACAUGGAGUAACACCUGAAGAUAUUGAAGAUUUGCUGGAUGAGUUGCAGGAGCACGUUGAGUCCAUCGACAUGGCUAAUGAUCUUCAUUCGAUUGGUGGCUUGGUUCCUCUUCUCGGGUUUCUUAAGAACUCUCAUGCUAAUAUCCGAGCCAAAGCUGCUGAUGUCGUGAGCACGAUAGUUCAGAACAAUCCUCGAAGUCAGGAGUUGGUUAUGGAAGCCAACGGCUUGGAGUCAUUGCUAUCAAACUUCACUUCGGACGCAGAUGUUCAUGCUCGAACUCAAGCUCUCAGUGCGAUAUCAUCUUUGAUUCGCCAUAACAAACCUGGAGUCACUGCUUUCAAGCUUGCUAAUGGUUACGCUGGGCUAAGAGAUGCUUUGGCAUCUGGUAGUGUGAGAUUUCAAAGGAAAGCCUUAAACUUGUUGCAAUAUCUUCUCCAAGAGGAUGAUUCAGACCGCAGCAUCGCCACCGGACUCGGCUUUCCCCGAGUGAUGAUGCAUCUGGCGUCUAGCGACGACGCAGAGACAAGAGAAGCUGCUCUCCGCGGAUUACUCGAGCUUACAAGAGAGAAAAACGACGGAAGCGGAAGCAGCAGCAUCGAGAAAGGCGACGAGAAGCUGAGGCAGCUGCUAGAAGAGAGGAUCGAAGGGAUCAGCUUGAUGUCACAAGAGGAUCUCGGAACGGUGAAAGAAGAGAGACAGCUCGUGGAUUCGCUGUGGAGGGUUUGCUACAACGAGCCUUCUUCUCUUAGAGAGAAAGGGCUUCUUGUGCUUCCAGGUGAAGACGAGUUGCCUCCUGAUGUGGCGAGCAAGCUCUUCGAGCCUCCUCUCAGAGCUGCUGCGGCGAGUCGUGAUGCCACUGAGAAGAAGGAAGAGCCUAUCAAACUACUUGGACCCGCACCAUAAGAGUGUGUUAUAAUGCUUUUGUUUGUUCUUGUAACGUUUCAAAGUUUUCAGAAAAGAUUUAUAGACUUCAAUGUGAAAGGAUCAAUGUUUACGUGAUAUAAUCACUUUCUAUUUUUUUAUUAUUAAUCAAACUAAAAGUCACAAGACA